AUGAAAUACACUCUCAUGUAUUUAUCAACAAUUCGUUUAAAUGAGGAGGUAAAAGCGAUUGGAUUACGUCAGGACGAUGGAGAUCAGUGCAAAAAACGAUUAAUUGAGGAGAGUGCGAUAUUUCGUCAGAAUAGUGAUAAGACAGUUCGCAAAGUAGCUGUUCCCCUCAUCAAAGCGUUUCAAGCCGAAGUUGAUCGUCUCACACUGCGCAGUAAGGCAGCCGAAUCAGUAGUGAUCGAUGUGUGUCGUUCAUUGAUACAAGUUUCAGGGUUUUUGAAGAAACUUGUUAGUAUUGCGAUGUUCCCGUUGGGCGAUUACACUCAUGAUCCAACACCGUAUUUGGAGCAGUUUGGCGGGCUCUUGGAGAAAUCGAAACGAUUACAGUCUUAUGAAAAAGAGAUUGCACUUCUGAAGAGUCAAGUCGCGGAUUUAAAUGCUGAAUAUGCUGAUUUAAAGAAUCAAGAGUUAACUGUUCGCAAAUUACGUGAGCGAGUGAAAGAACUUGAGUCGGAAGCUGACAGGAAUGUACAGGUUGCACUGAGUGAUACGGAAAAGCAAUUGAGGGCCGAGUUCGAUGUUUAUAAGGAGGAGAUGAGCGCGAAGCAGGACGAGUUAAUCAUUGAAAACAAAAAGCUGACAACUGCGAUCGCUGAUUUAGAGGUGAAAAAUCGUGAGGCAAAUCGAACGAUGGAUGAAUUCAAAAUGAAACUGGAGCAAAAGGAAACUGCCGAGGACGAACAAUUUCAAAUAGUUUCGAGUGAUCUCGAGAAAGCACUUCAACGAGCUAGAGAAGCAGAGCAAGAAGUGGCACGAUUACGUGAUGAAAUUGUUCGACUCACUGAAGGAUCAGCUGUUACAUCAGAAAAUACUACAAGUGAUACGGCACUGAUUCGGUCCAAGGAUAAUCAGAUACAUAAAUUGCUCGAAGAGAAUAAGAAUCUAUCGGCAAAACUCUCAGAAGUGACAAAUGAAUCGCGUUUGCGUGUUGAUGAAUUAACACAAGAACUGGAACGUCACGCUGAAAUGUUGGAUAAAGUCGAAACACAGUUGCGAGCACAAUCUGAUUAUGAGACGAUCAAGAAGGAACUCAAGAUUCUGAAGAGUGUUGAAUUUGGUGAUGAUGCGGGUUGGAGUGGGCAUGCGAUGGCUGUGGACAACAGCGAAGGGCUGACCUCAUCUGCGACGGCCACCGCAGAAAUACAGCUCGGAGGACGUGUGAAAGCGUUAGAGGAGUUAUUGGUCGAUAAGAAUCGAAGACUGCAGAAUGAUAAUGCCAGUCUUAGAAUGAAGAAUCAACAACUUCAAGGUUGGUUAUUGUUGCGUUUUUGCUUGGUCGCGUUUCAGGUAGAAACUUCAUCAUCAAUACCAGUAAAGAAUAGUGGUAGCACUGAGUCAAGUGCAACAUCACUGUUCAACUGUGACACGUUACAAUCUGUGGUGGACACGUUGGGAUUGAUUGUUGCCUCUUCACAGUUCACCAGUUCAGCCGAUUCAACGAAUAUUUGGACUCGUGAAGAGCAGGUGGACAGCAAUCCGAAAGAUAGCACGCAAAGUACACAAAGCGAUGACGUGAAUGGCAAUGAUGCGGCGCAACGUUGUGCUGCCAAUUUGCUGAGUUUAUUAAUGGUAAGAUGGCGAGAAUAUGUUAGCGCAAUGGCAGAUGUUGUUCUCAGAUUACCUUUGGAAUCAGAUCUGAAUUUAAGUAGCAUCGAUGAUUUGCAGUGCACCGCAAGCUCAUCCUCAACUACGACACACACUCCCGAGAGUGGUACCUCGUCUACAGAGGACGAUUUCAAUCGUAACUCGUUCAAUGCUCAAGAGUCGACGCGUAUACCUGGUGAAGCGAAAAUUGUCACUGAAUUACAGGCACUUGUUGCACAGAAUGUUCGAAGAUUGGGUAAUCGCCCGUUGAACACGGCCGAAAUAGCGAGGCAAUGCAAAAGACUUAUGGUAGCAUAUAAUAUCGGACAGCGAUUAUUCGCUAAAUACGUAAUGAAUCAGUCGCAAGGUUCUCUGAGUGAGUUAUUAUCAAAACCGCGUCAUUGGAAUAAGCUGACUGACAAAGGUCGUGAGGCAUUCCGACGCAUUUAUGGGUGGAUUUCUGACGAUAAAGCCAUUGAAUUACUCUGCUCACUCUCUCCAAGACGAAUUCAACCGGCUGUUUUAGGUGGAAUCAAAAUUGAAACACCCUCAGCCGAAUCUCUUUGGGAAACGAGUACACCAAUGGCACCUUUAUCACGAUAUCAUACUGAAACAACGUCGAAUUGUUCUCCAACUGAGAAUUCUAAUAAGAAAGUUGUCACCAGAAUCAAUGACGAGGUUCCGCUAACGAAUUUGAAAGGACGCAGCAGCGCAGAUAGUGCCAAUUGUGAAUCAAACACACCGUCACCGACUAAGAGUAAUACUAUUGAUAACAAUAACAACGUUGCUGCUAACAGUUCACGUACAAGUAGUCGUUGGAGGCACGAUGACAUUCCAAAAGAAAAAAUCAUCACGAUAUUCCAAAAUGAACUUGCUAAAUUGAGAGAACAAGAAGCACAUUUGGAGCAGGCAAUUGCGUCAAGACCCACGUGUAGCAGUACGCCUAAUGGUAGUACGAAGUCAAAGGAUGAAAAGAAACUAUUCGGUAACAGUCUGAAAAAGUUGGAAGAGAUGACCGAGUUGACCCAAGUGCCAUCAUCGCUGUCAACACUGGCAUGUGCCGCAUUAAACAAUCCAUCGAUAUCCUCCUCGUCAUCCACAUUCUCCCAAUCGAACAACAACCACGACACUAACAAUACCACUCUAUCACAGCCCAACGCUAUCACAUCAAAUUCGUUGUUUGCUAUUAAAUGUAAAACUGGUAUGUCGCCAAUAACACAGGAACAGCUUGAACGAUAUGGUGUAUUGGAUACUGAGGAACUUGUGAGACAGAUAAAAGAGUAUUUAUGUGCGAAUUCGAUCUCACAACGUCAAUUCGGUGAGCAUGUUCUGGGUUUAUCACAAGGAUCGGUUUCUGAUCUGUUGGCACGCCCUAAGCCGUGGGCGAUGCUUACACAGAAGGGACGUGAACCGUUCAUUCGAAUGAGAUUAUUUCUUAAUGAAGCUGCGACGUUCAAUGUUAUUGCCACUGAUAAACUGAGUGUAUUCCAGCAGGACAUUAACGACGCCAUCGAAAGUUUAUCACAAGCUGCGUCACGUUCCCGUUCGGUGUCAAGAAAUGGUGAGAACGAAUCUGAAUCCACGAAACAAGCCGCAGUUGAAGGAUUGCUUCGCAUGAAACACUGUGCUUUCGAGGAGGAAUUUGAUGAAGAUGCUGGCGAUGAAUUCAAAGAGGAAAAGAGUAGAAAUGAUUUAGUUAGCGAUACAAGAGAGCUGACGGUAAAAGGUGUGGAUGGUUGCAGCUCAAAAUCGGUGAAGUCAAAGAAAAUUCGAGGUGCACAUCACGAUAGCGUGACAAAGAGAAAGCUCUGGGACUCGCUCACAUCGGAACAGAGCGAUUCGUUGUUAAGGACGAGUUCGUGGCUUGAAGAGCUCGAACUCGGUAAAUUUAAUGAUGUACAAAAGGCAACUAGCGUAUCCGAUGUGGUUCAGUCUGUUCUGUCGACAGUAUCCGUCAAGUCGUCCCUUGAAGCGUCAGCAUCAGCGACGCAUAAAUCUUCAUCGCAUAAAAGACGUUCUCUUUUGAGUACACAAAAUACUGACGGAGUACCGCCUAAGAAAGCGCAGCGCACCGUCAUAACGGAACAACAGAAGGAAGCAUUGAAAUUCGUAUUCGAGCAUGAACAACAUCCAUCACAGAAGACCGUUGAACAGCUCUCUGAAAAGCUUUCACUCACUCAACGAACGGUCAGCAACUGGUUUCAUAACUAUCGAACUCGGCAGAAGGCAAGUCUUAAAGAGGGUAAAACUCAGAAUGGUGAAGUGAAGCAGCAAAAGCGUACAUCGACCAAGAGUAGUGAUCGAUGGCAACAGCAACUGUUAAAUAUGUCACCGAAAUUUUCAAAUGAUUACAUUCAUAUUGCUGCACUCUUUGCACAAAUAAUUACAUUCAUAUUGCACUCUUUGCACAAAUNAUUGUUGCAGGAGCUGACUGAAUUAUUGGAAAUGGUUUCAAAGCCAUUACCUGUGAAUCACUGGUCACCAACAAUGGUGAAUGCAAAUAACGAUCGAACUUGCAAGGCUGCAACUAAAAUUAAUGGUACUUCGAAUGCCCCAACUCGGGGUGAUAGUCAAUUGGAUAAGGCCAUCGCAAGAAUGCAAAUGAUCGCUGCCGCUAAAAAUGCAUAA